AUGGAAUAUAAAAAAAAAGAAACUAUUACAAUAGGAAAAAAAAGAGGAAGAGAAGCAAAGAUAAACUAUGACCUUUAUGGUGACGAUAACGCACCUUUUAAAAUAUUGUUUGUAAUGGGAUUUCUUCAAUCUGGUGAAGCAUGGAAGUUGCAAAUAGAUUAUUUUAGAAAAAAUAAAGAUUUUCAAAUUUGUGUUUACGAUAAUAGAGGAAUUAAUAACUCGACAUCCUUUAGUUUAUCAUUAAAAGAAAUGGCAUUUGAUGCAGUAGAUUUAUUGGAUCAUUUAAAUUGGAAAAACAAUAUUAAUAUUUGUGGAGCUUCUUUAGGGGGUUCAAUUGUUACACACAUUUGUAACAUUAUUCCAGAUAGGAUAAAUUCUGCUAUAAUUAGUGCGCCUCAUAUUGGAUUGUUUUCACCAUUUAUUUCAUUAGGUAAAAAAAAAUUUUGUAAAUCAUUUUUUAUUAAAAAUGAUAGAGAGAAAUAUUAUACUUUAAUUUCUUCUAUUUUCUCGGAUGAACAUUUAAACAGUCCUUCAGUGUCAGAACCAAACAAAACAAAAGUUCAAGCUAUGAUAGAUAGAGCAAUAAAAAACAAAGAUAAAACCCCCAAUCCAUCAAUUAUAACAUUAUUUAGUCACCUCUAUAUAUAUAUUUCAACAAAAUUUACAAACAAAGAUUUUAACAACAUCAGAAAAAACAAUAUUAAUGUAUUAGUUUUAGGUGGUGAAAAAGAUGUUUUAAUUCCUUUAAAUUGUUUAAAAAAAGAUUUUGUUGAAAGAUUGCAAACCAAAAAUUUUAAAAUAUUCAAAACUGGCCAUUGUAUAAAUUUAGAAAAACCAAAAGAUUUUAACGAAACAAUUAGUGACCAUAUUACAAAAAAAAAUUUGAAUCUACAACAUUAUUAUAAUGAUACCAAUUCUAAAAGAUACUUUAAUUUUUUAAGUAUCAAAAGAUUUCUAAAAUUUAAAUAA